CUCUUUUUCAUGCCCACCGUCUCCUCCUCAUCAUCCCUUCCUAUCUAAACCCAACUAACUAAUCAUCAUUAGCAUUUUAAGAAAUUACAAUCUGGUACAAUUGAUAUCCAACUAAUUUAAUUCAGUGUGAAAUAUUGCAAUAAUAUUCGCAAUUUAACCACAUCAUUAGAUAAAAAGAGACACGCGGUAUUUGCAGUGAAGCAACAAGUGGCAAUGUCAACUCAGCAGAGGACCCUUCUCCGUCAACUCUUUUCUCUUGCGAAUAAUAUAAAACACCAACUUGCUACUGCAGUCUCUAAUAAUUUGGAUAAGAGGUUUAUCUUCACGUUGAGGCAAAGUACGAGUUAUCAUCAACAGUAUUUGAAUUCGCAUACAACAGUUUUUGCAAGAAACUUGAACGAAAUGGCGAAGCAAUGGACAGGACAAGAACCCUUAGCACAGGACGACCCGGAAAUGUGGGAAUUGGUCAAAGAAGAAAAGAUCCGCCAAGUUAAUGGCUUGGAGCUUAUCGCUUCAGAGAAUUUCUGUAGCAGAGCGGCCCUUGAAAUUAUGGGAUCCUGUUUAAACAACAAGUACUCUGAAGGUUAUCCUGGAUCCAGAUAUUAUGGUGGUACUGAGGUUGUCGACAAGAUUGAGAUUCUCUGUCAAAAACGUGCCUUGGAAGCAUUCAACUUGAAUCCGGAAGAGUGGGGUGUUAAUGUUCAACCGUACAGUGGUUCUCCAGCAAACUUUGCAGCAUAUACGUCAGUCCUAAGUCCUCAUGACAGGAUUAUGGGGCUAGAUCUUCCUGAUGGUGGACAUUUAACGCAUGGUUUCAUGACUGAACAAAAGAAAAUCUCUGCAACAUCCGUCUAUUUCGAGUCCAUGCCAUACAAGCUGAAUCCGGCUACUGGAACGAUCGACUACGACAUUUUGGCUGAGAACUCCAAGUUGUUCAGACCAAAGGUUAUUAUUGCGGGGACAUCCGCAUACUCUAGGCUGCUGGAUUAUCCAAGAUUCCGACAGAUUUGCGAUGACGUGGGUGCCAUCAUGUUGGCUGAUAUGGCACAUAUUUCUGGGCUCGUGGCUGCUGGCGUUAUUCCUGCCCCAUUUCCCCAUGCUGACAUAGUGACGACGACUACCCACAAGACGCUCCGUGGUGUUCGAGCUGGUCUCAUAUUUUACAGGAAGGGUGUUCGCAAAAACCCCAAGACUGGGAAGGACGUUCCUUACGACUUGGAAAACAAGGUCAACUUUGCCGUCUUCCCAUCACUCCAAGGUGGGCCUCAUAACCAUGCCAUUGCUGGAGUCGCGGUUGCUCUCCGACAGGCCAAGCAACCCCAUUUCCGGAUUUACCAAGAACAAGUUUUGAAAAAUUCCAAGGCCAUGGCGAAAAAGUUGAAUGAGCUUGGCUACAAAAUGGUCUCGGAUGGGACUGAUAACCAUUUAGUUCUUGUUGAUCUUCGAUCAAAGAAAUUGGAUGGAGCUCGAGUGGAAUCCGUUUGUAACAAAGUGAACAUUACAGCGAAUAAGAACACGUGCCCUGGAGAUAAAAGUGCACUUACGCCCAGCGGUUUGAGGCUUGGAGCUCCAGCCCUCACUUCUCGCGGCUUUGACGAGACAGACUUUGAAAAAGUGAUUCAUCUCUUGGAUAAGGCUGUAGCAAUUGCGUCUGACGUCAAGUCUAAAACUGAUAAGCUCAAGGAUUUCAAGGAAUUUUUGGACAAGGAUGAAGCGACCAUCAAAUCAAUGGAGAAUCUGAAGAAGGAAGUAGAAGCGUUUGCAUCAACUUUUCCCAUGCCAGGAUUUGAUGACCAUUAAACCAAACACAUUCACUUGCAUGAAUUGCUAUUCCAUUCCAAACAAUUGCUUAUGACCAGGAAAAAGAGACAUUUAUUACGUUAGAUUUGUAGCUUAAAUUGCAGCCAAAGCUGUUUAAAUACCCAAUAAAUUAUGAAAAAUUGUGAAAUUCAGAGAUUAUAAAAUGUCCAUGAAAAGAAUAAAAUUAUAUAUUAAACAUUUUCUGUUUCA